CUUGCUCGCGCAGAUGGAUCGACUGCCUUCUCCAGCGAUCUGUACACUGUCGUCGCCGGAGUGAACGGACCUGUUGAAGUUCAGCGACGUGAUGAGCUGCCAGAAGAAGCAGCAAUCGAGGUCAACCUGCGACCGAUCUCCGGAGUCGGUGGACCACGGGAGCGAUGGCUGGAGACUGUACUCCAUGCUGUCCUCAAAAGUGUCCUUCUGGUGAACAUGCACCCAAGAACCCUCAUCCAGAUCACACUUCAGGUCACGCACGAACCUAUCCUCAAAUGGCAGCGGACUGCCACCGAUAUCUCCAUCAUCCCGACACUUCUGAACGCCGCAUUCGCCGCCCUUGUCGAUGGAGGCUUACCACUGGCAGCGACCACCGCCGCAGCCCUCGCAAUCAUUCGCGAAGAUGGAGAGGUCAUCAUAGAUCCGCAAGAGAAGCAGAUGUCAUCUUACAAAAGCAUACAUGCCAUGGCAUUCGAUCAGCACGGAUCGCAACUGCUGGAUGAGUCAUCGGGAGAGAUCACAGUCGAGAGUUGGAGGAUGGUCGCGACGGCAGCUCGGCAAGCUUGCAUUGCGGCAAUGGCGCCCGGUGAUGGAGACGCAGCAAUG